AUGGGUCAACCAUCUUUUGCGGCGUCAAACGCCAUCAUCUAUGUGACUUAUGGCUUCUUCCUCGUCUUGGGCACGGGCAUUGCCUGGAGAAUGAGAAAGCAACCCAACACGGAGUUUCUCUCCGGCAACAGGACACAGACUGCUUGGCCUCUGGCCUUCAACUUCAUCGCCUCUGCCUUGGGAUCUGGUAUCCUGUUCUCGUACCCGGAACUCGCAACUAUUGCCGGUGUUCAGGGUGUCGUCGUUUACGCAUUGGCGUCGGCGUUGCCCCUGCUUAUUUUCGCUCUUCUUGGCCCCAUGAUCCGUCGCAAGUGUCCUGAUGGAUUCGUUUUGACGGAGUGGACGCGUAACCGAUAUGGUACGGUUGCUAUGCUGUACUUGAGCUUCAUGACGCUUGUUACCUUGUUCCUUUACAUGGUUGCCGAGCUGUCCGCCGUCGGACAAGUCGUCAACGCUCUUACCGGUCUUGAUGGGCUCCCGGUCAUCAUUGUGGAAUGCGUGGUUACAACCAUUUAUACCUCUCUGGGUGGAUUCAGAAUCUCGUUCCUCACAGAUGUCAUUCAAGGAGCCAUGGUGGUUGGGCUCAUCAUCAUCGCCACCAUUACCAUUGGCGUCAAGGCCGAGAUUGACCGCGAUCUCAUCGACUCCUCAGGCCUCACCAAGGCCAGUCUCGUGGGAUGGCAACUGGUGUACAUUCUCCCCGUUGCCGUGCUGACAAACGACUUCUUCCUCUCCAACUUUUGGCUGCGCACCUUUUCAUCCAAGACAGACAAGGACUUGUGGGUUGGCAUCUCUGUUGCGACGGUGGCAGUCUUGUGUAUCCUCACCCUGGUUGGUGCUACCGGUCUUAUUGCUGCAUGGACGGGCGCUUGGCCUGGAGAUGACGACAUUGACGGAUCUCUUGCCUUCUUUGCUCUGCUAGAGCAGCUGCCGAGCUGGGUCGUGGGCAUUGUGCUAGUCAUGGUUGUCAGUCUGAGUGUCUCUGCCUUUGACUCUCUGCAGUCGGCCAUGAUCUCGUCGGCGUCCAACGAUCUGUUCCGCAACAAGCUGAACAUCUGGAUCAUCCGAGUGCUUGUCGUGCUUGUCAUCAUCCCCACUGUGGUGAUUGCGCUCAAGGCUCCGUCCAUCUUGCAAAUCUUCCUCAUCAGCGAUCUCGCGUCGGCGGCUACGAUCCCUGUGCUCUGCAUUGGAUUGAUCGACUCGUUUUACUGGUGGCGCGGAUUUGAGGUCGUCGUAGGAGGACUGGGCGGUAUUUUGACCGUCUUCAUCUACGGCGCCAUCUACUAUGGCGAUGCAAAGAGCGGCGGCGAGCUGAUUCUGCUCGAGCAGGGCCUCUAUGCGGGCGACUGGGGUGCUUUUGGAGCUUUCGUAGCUGCCCCUGUGGGAGGCAUCAUCUGGGGCUUCAUUGCUUUAGCGCUGAGGCUAGCGGUCCAGUUCACUCUAGCCAAGAGUCGAGGCGAGCGUUUCGAUGCUCUUGAUCGCCCAGUAGCUACGAGUGAAGAGGAGGAGGAUGACACCCAGCUCGUGACUGAGAUUUCGACCACUGUUGCCGGCAAGUUUUUUUGA